UGUAGCUGGUUGUGGUUGAAGCUGGGGCAGGAGAAGCGGUGGUGCUGUCGUCUCUCUGGUCGGCCAAUGGCUGAUCGCGGUUUCUAUGCGGACAAGCUGAUAUUGGCUCCGAUGGUACGUGCCGGCCGAACACCACUGAGAGUCCUGGCGUUACAGUAUGGUGCUGAUUUGGUAUAUACUGAGGAAAUCGUCGAUCAGAAGUUGCUCGGUGCACGACGAGAAGUAAAUGGUUAG